AUGAAAUCGUGUGGAAUUGGAAAAUACGUCACUAAUACAAUCAAGUCAAAUAACAUAGAUUUCCAAAAUAUCAAAGAUUUACAUAAUCCUAUGAAAUUUCGUAUAAAACAAAGGCAUUCACUAUUGAAUUUGAAGAUAGCGGUUUGGGAUUAUGCUGACGUGGAUGUCUUCCAAAGAGUAGAUUAUAUGUCGUCCUAUAUUAAAGUAGAGAGACACUUUGCAUGGAAAAUCAUAAACCUCAAAGGAAGAGUAAGCAGUAUGUUUCUUCAGCUAAAGAUGUAUUGCAAUCAGAACUAUUAUGGAAGCACUUGUAAAACAUAUUGUAUUCCGACAAAUUCUGAGAAGGGCCAUUAUAAAUGUGACAAAAAUACCGGCCGCAAAAAAUGCUAUACUGGUUGGACAGGAGAGAAUUGUCACGUGAAUCAAGAUGAUUGCUCGAGCAGUAGAUGUCACAGUUCUGCUACUUGCAUAGAUGGUGUUAAUUAUUAUACAUGUUUAUGUCCACCAGAACGAACAGGAACAACUUGUGACAUAUUGCUAUAUAAAACCACCGCAAGACUUAUCCAAACAGCGAGCACAUAUCAGACGAAGUCGACAAGUGUCUCUCACGAUGAAGACUCUCAGAAAAGCGUAUCACAUGUCACAACAGCUACGACAACAUCUCGACAUCUUUCUGAAGCAAGUACAUUCACGUCAGAUUCUACACUGAAAGUAAAAUUAAAUGUUACAGCCGCGAAGACAUCAAGAUCUCCACCAGUCACAAAAGAAUUUCACACAGAUACAACCUCUGACACAACAAUCCCAUCAAAGGCUACAGACACAAGACUUCCAGACUAUUAUGUAUCUGAGGAUGUUACUGAAUUGACUGAAAUUAGCAGAACAAAUAUAUCUACAACCCGUGUUUUAGACAAAACUAUUACUGCUAGGGAAAACGAAACAGAUUUCAAUGUGUCGUCUGUUCAACCAACGACAACAUCUCUCUUUCUCACAACUAGUAUAACACAAGAAGAAUACUCUACUCAUAUACCGGCAAAUACUACAAUAUCAUUUACACCAAUUAAAGAUAGUACUGACAGUGUAACAACAGGUGAAACAGUAAGAUCAGACUCAACGUCACAGACUAUACAACAGACUCGUCUUGGAACAGAAGGCGAUGCGACCAAAGUAACGGAGAAGACCUCAUUCGGAAUCAAUGAAACAGAAACAGAAAAUGUAACAUUAGUGUUCGAUUACAAAAUUUCGACAUCUGACCAUUUAGCAACCAAUAUUAGCAGCGUUGCACCAGUAGAAUCAGAUAUCACUUCAUCAACUCUGUCUACUGUCGCAAACGUUUCAGGUUAUUAUGUAUCUGAAGAUAUAACUACAUCGACUGAGAUUAACCGAACAGAUAUAUCUUCCCAAACAUCAGAAGCAACAAUGUCACAUUCAUCACAGAGACAGCCGACAGAUCGUUUUCUAUUUACUGAAGAUUUCAUCGAUCAGUUCAAUACAACAACAGAAAAAGGCCCGUCGAAAUCAGAGAAUAUCACAGAUUUCUCUAGAGAGUACACCACGGAUAAAUUAAACCAAACCGUUGAAAGUUCUACUACAUUACAGACCAGGACAAUAAGCAAAGACGACGAAAUAUUCUAUACUGAUACGAAAACAGUCGAAGCAAUCUCAAUAGCAUCUGAAUCGUCUCGUGAUACCAGUUCCGUUCCAGCCAUUCCGCAAUCUUCAAAAACUUUUUCUUCGAUUCAGGAGGGGAAAACUAUAUAUCCUGCUACAGAACCAACGAGCACUCGUAUUGAAACACCAGACAGUUGGGUUGAAAACGUUACAAUUCAGACAUCUAAAGAAGCCAGCACAGAUUUCACUAAACUAUUGGAAACACAAUCUGUAGAUAGCUUGAGAAAUUACACUGGAUACAGUGCAACAGACUACGACACGAGUAAAAUGUCAACAGAGGAAGGAAAAGAACUUAAAACCGAAGUUUUAUUUACUAUAGAUGUAGCAAACACCUCGAUUGAAUCUUCAUCUGAGCUAACUCGGUUCGUACCUUUCCUUGAUAAUGUUACAUCGGCUUUUCAGGGUAAAACAUCAAGCAAAGAAGGUGGCGAAGAAACUAUGACCAGUAGCGUAAUUACUACAGGAGUAAAUGAAACAUAUUUUAGUGUGUCACCAACUCAAUCAACAUCCACAUCUUCUCUCUUUCCUGAAACUGCUGAAACAAAGGAAGAAUACUCUACACAUACAGCUCCGAAUGGCACGGUGUCAUUCACUCCUAUUAAAGAUUUUACUGAUAGUGUAACACGACAGACUAGUCAUGAAACAGAAGACAAUGCGACCAAAUUAAUGGAGAAGACUUCAUUCGGAAUCAAUGAAACAGAAAUAGAGAAUGUAACAUUAGUGUUCGGUUACAAAAUUUCGACAUCUGAUCAUUUAACAACCAAUAUAAGCAGCGUUGCACCAGUAGAAUCAGAUAUCACUUCAUCAAUUCUGUCUACUGACGCAAAAGUUUCAGAUUACCAUGUAUCUGAAGAUAUAACUACAUCGACUGAGAUUAACCGAACAGAUAUAUCUUCCCAAACACCAGAAGCAACAAUGUCACAUUCAUCACCGAGGCAGCCGACAGAUCAUUUUCUAUUUACUGAAGAUUUCAUCGAUCAAUUCAAUACAACAACAGAAAAAGGCCCGUCGAAAUCAGAGAAUAUCACAGAUUUCUCUAGAGAGUACACGACUGAUAAAUUAAACCAAACCGUUGAAAGUUCUACUACAUUACAGACCAGCACAAUAAGCAAAGACGACGAAAUAUUCUAUACUGAUACGAAAACAGUCGAAGCAAUCUCAUUACCAUCUGAAUCGUCUCGUGAUACCAGUUCCGUUCCAGCCAUUACACAGUCUUCAAACACUUUUUCUUCGAUUCAGGAGGGGAAAACUAUAUAUCCUGCUACAGAACCAACGAGCACUCGUAUUGAAACGCCAGACAGUUGGGUUGAAAACGUUACAAUUCAGACAUCUCAAGAAACCAGCACAGAUUUCACUAAACUAUUGGAAACACAAUCUGUAAGUAGCGUGAGCAAUUACACUGGAUACAGUGCAACUGACUACAAUACAAGUAAAAUGUCAACAGAGGAAGGAAAAGAACUUAGAACCGAAGUUUUAUUUACAACGGAAUCAACAAACAUAUCGACUCAUUCAUCAUUAGAGGUAAGUCGGUUCGUACCUUACCUUGACAAUAUUACAGAAACUGUAACCAGCAGUGUUACUAUUGUUGGAGAAAACGAAACAGAUACCAAUGUAUCGUCUGUUCAACCAACAACAACCUCUCUCUUUCUUACAACUAAUAUAACACAAGACGAAUACUCUACACAUAUACCGGCAAAUACUACAAUAUCAUUUACACCAAUUAAAGAUAGUACUGACAGUGUAACAACAGGUGAAACGGUAAGAUCAGACUCAACAUCACAGAUUAUACAACACACUCGUCUUGGAACAGAAGGCGAUGUAACCAAAUUAAUGGAGAAGACCUCAUUCGGAAUCAAUGAAACAGAAACAGAAAAUGUAACAUUAGUGUUCGGUUACAAAAUUUCAACAUCUGAUCAUUUAACAACCAAUAUUAGCAGUGUUGCACCAGUAGAAUCAGAUAUCACUUCAUCAACUCUGUCUACUGACGCAAAAGUUUCAGGUUAUUAUGUAUCUGAAGAUAUAACUACAUCGACUGAGAUUAACCGAACAGAUAUAUCUUCCCAAACACCAGAAGCAACAAUGUCACAUUCAUCACCGAGGCAGCCGACAGAUCAUUUUCUAUUUACUGAAGAUUUCAUCGAUCAAUUCAAUACAACAACAGAAAAAGGCCCGUCGAAAUCAGAGAAUAUCACAGAUUUCUCUAGAGAGUACACGACUGAUAAAUUAAACCAAACCGUUGAAAGUUCUACUACAUUACAGACCAGCACAAUAAGCAAAGACGACGAAAUAUUCUAUACUGAUACGAAAACAGUCGAAGCAAUCUCAUUACCAUCUGAAUCGUCUCGUGAUACCAGUUCCGUUCCAGCCAUUACACAGUCUUCAAACACUUUUUCUUCGAUUCAGGAGGGGAAAACUAUAUAUCCUGCUACAGAACCAACGAGCACUCGUAUUGAAACGCCAGACAGUUGGGUUGAAAACGUUACAAUUCAGACAUCUCAAGAAACCAGCACAGAUUUCACUAAACUAUUGGAAACACAAUCUGUAAGUAGCGUGAGCAAUUACACUGGAUACAGUGCAACUGACUACAAUACAAGUAAAAUGUCAACAGAGGAAGGAAAAGAACUUAGAACCGAAGUUUUAUUUACAACGGAAUCAACAAACAUAUCGACUCAAUCAUCAUUAGAGGUAAGUCGGUUCGUACCUUACCUUGACAAUAUUACAGAAACUGUAACCAGCAGUGUUACUAUUGUUGGAGAAAACGAAACAGAUACCAAUGUAUCGUCUGUUCAACCAACAACAACAACCUCUCUCUUUCUUACAACUAAUAUAACACAAGACGAAUACUCUACACAUAUACCGGCAAAUACUACAAUAUCAUUUACACCAAUUAAAGAUAGUACUGACAGUGUAACAACAGGUGAAACGGUAAGAUCAGACUCAACAUCACAGAAUAUACAACACACUCGUCUUGGAACAGAAGGCGAUGUAACCAAAUUAAUGGAGAAGACCUCAUUCGGAAUCAAUGAAACAGAAACAGAAAAUGUAACAUUAGUGUUCGGUUACAAAAUUUCAACAUCUGAUCAUUUAACAACCAAUAUUAGCAGUGUUGCACCAGUAGAAUCAGAUAUCACUUCAUCAACUCUGUCUACUGACGCAAAAGUUUCAGGUUAUUAUGUAUCUGAAGAUAUAACUACAUCGACUGAGAUUAACCGAACAGAUAUAUCUUCCCAAACACCAGAAGCAACAAUGUCACAUUCAUCACAGAGGCAGCCGACAGAUCAUUUUCUAUUUACUGAAGAUUUCAUCGAUCAAUUCAAUACAACAACAGAAAAAGGCCCGUCGAAAUCAGAGAAUAUCACAGAUUUCUCUAGAGAGUACACGACUGAUAAAUUAAGCUAUACAACCGAAAGUAGUGCUUCAUCCAGUUCUAAAGCAAAUAUAACCGAUGAAGUCUCCAGGACUGCAGAGUUUAUUGAUAAGAGCAAUAUUUAUAACUUAACUGAAUCAAUAAUCAGUAAUACCAAUGCUACUAUAUAUAGUUCAGAUCAUAUUACCACAACACUAAUGUCGAAGAUUAUUAAUAUUACAACUUACAGACCGAAAAGUAUAGAAGCUGAUUCUGAUUUCCGCACAACCCAAUUCGCUAUUCACGAUACAACGCCUAGCGUGACUUUGGCUAACCAAUAUAUCUCCAGUGCAGGAACGAUUUCUAUUCAAAAUGCCACAGCAAAAAUAGGUCCCAUUGCUUCUGACAGAACAAGGGCCACAUCAUUGUCCUACAAUCAGUCAUCUAAAAAGUUAGUGGCGACAGAUAUUGCUUCUUCCAUAUCUUGGUUGUCGAAGUCUAUGACUGCAAUAAUUCCACCCAAGCACAAGUAUACAUUCUUCAUCACGAAGAUGAUUGUUAAUUGGGUACAACGAAGAUUAAGACUGUUUUUCAAUUUUAAUUGGUUAAGUGUUCACCAGUUUAAAUCCACGUGCAUUGUAUUGGUUAUAAAACCUGCGACUGUUAGGAAAGCCGCUGCGCAGCAACCAAAUCCAAAUUCCGGUUCUGUUGGCCAUAAGCAACUGGAAACAUUAAAACUUAAGGUAUGUCGACCAGCGAAGCAGUUACCAACAACCACAUCCACCACAUUAACUACAACAAAAAGUUCCUUAACCACUUUCAAGUACGAAAACAAAACACAUGUGGAUAAGAAGAUUAUACACCCUGGAAAUUCCGCGACAACCUUCAAAGUCGUGUCUACGGCAAAACCCUAUUAUCAUUACGGAAAGAAUGUUAUCGUGAAAAUUUAUCGAAAGAACCAGCGCAUAUUUCAGAGAACUUUGACUAGGCUUUCUAACUUGUGGAGGGGAGUAAAUCAAAUAACAAAUAGAUUGUACCAACCUGCAACAAACAGAAAACAAGGCAUACGUAGGUUGUGGAACAAUGCUUGGUUAGGAGCGCAAAAAGCUUACAAAAAGUCCCAAUUGCUUCUUAGAAAAACUUACACGAGAGUGGUACUUAGAUUUUCCUCAAUGUUUGAUCAAGCAAAGUCUACAACAGCAACUAAUUUCCGUCAAUAUUAUAACUCAUACCGCAAUUAUUAUAAUAGUUAUAUCACGCAGGUACAAAAUACAGCACAAUAUUUCAAGAAUAAUUACGAUUAUUACACUAAAAAUCUACGAAACUAUUGGAACCGAUAUGUCACAUAG